AUGGCUACAGGCCCCUCGCCCCUCCCUCCAACAUUCAUUGUCAACUCAAAAUCCAUCUCUCAAUCAGCGGCGCAUGACUUCCUCGCCGCCUACAUCGACCUCGCCGCUACAGACCCCGCAUACCAACCCACGCCGCGUGUGAAGGCCGGCCUGGCGGGCGAGGUCCUAGGACGUGAUUUGGCGCUUGCCAAGCUGGAGGAUGGGGAUGCGCAGCAAGUGGGAGCGAAUGGGGAUUGGGAGGACGCGAAGAAGUUCCAGGAGGGUGAGAAUGGCGACGUAAUGCAGGACGAGAAUGAUGCGCAGGGACAGAUGGAGGUAGACGAUGCGGAACAGGAUGCCGGUGCUCUAGACAAGGAGGAAAGGAAGCGGAAGAAGAAGGAGAGGAGAUUGGCAGAGAAGAGGGCUAAAGCGAAGGCUGAGACCCAAGCCGAAGAGUAA